GGCGGCGGUCGCCAUUUUGUCCAGUGAGGAAAAGCGGAGCGCGGGUCUCGUGGAGGGUCGAGUCGGCUACGAAUAUAGCGCGGGCUCCAUUCGCGCACCCUCCCUCUUAGCAUCGCUAUGCAUCGUGACUCUUGUCCGCUGGACUGCAAGGUUUAUGUGGGUAACCUUGGCAACAAUGGCAACAAAACCGAACUAGAGCGAGCCUUUGGCUACUAUGGACCACUGCGCAGCGUAUGGGUGGCAAGGAAUCCUCCCGGGUUUGCCUUUGUGGAGUUCGAAGAUCCACGAGAUGCAGCUGAUGCAGUAAGAGAAUUAGAUGGAAGGACCCUGUGUGGGUGCCGUGUCAGAGUGGAGCUCUCCAAUGGCGAGAAGCGGAGUCGGAACCGUGGGCCACCUCCAUCCUGGGGCAGGCGUCCUCGAGAUGACUACCGCAGGAGAAGUCCUCCUCCUCGUCGCAGAUCACCGCGAAGGAGAAGCUUCUCUCGGAGCCGCAGCAGGUCCCUCUCCAGAGACAGAAGAAGAGAGAGGUCACUCUCACGGGAGAGGAAUCACAAGCCUUCUCGCUCCUUCUCCAGGUCUCGCAGUCGCUCCAGGUCAAAUGAGAGGAAAUAGGACUCUGGGAAGGAGCUGUGUACAGGAAGUCAUUAGCUCUGAGGACAGGAGGAGUAUGUACAGAACAUUGUUUUGUUUUGGAACUUCAUAAAGCUUGGUGCAUUUUUAAGAUGUUUUAGCUGUCGAACUUGCUUUGUUCCUCGUAUCUUGUAACAGGUGGCAGAUGUAAAGAUGUGAAUCUGUAUAUGGUUCUGAGCUCUGGUUUGUGAUACCAAUCCCUUUACAAUGUACCAUUGCACAGCCCUGUGCGUGUGCUGAGUGGGGAGCAGGCUGGCUGCUGUGGGCCUGGAGGUGUGUCUGCUCUUGCUGUGCUGGGGAUGUGUGCGGGGGGGCUCUGCAGGGGGGUGGGAGCGUGGCUGCGAGCAGGGCCUUCAGCCAGCAGAGCAAGAUGCAGACGCUGCCUUAGUCCAGUUCUUGGGAAUAGUCAGGAAUGUCAAGCCCAGGGGUGUGUGAGGGGAGUGACUGAGCUGCAGCUUUGUCCAGAGCUCUAGUUCUGAUUUCCAGUACCCAGAACUGAGCUGCUUGAUGUAAAACGGAGAUGUUUAGCCUUGGGGUCAGAUCCUUUGUCACUAGGCAAGUGUGAUCCACCGUCUGCCCCAGAACCUCCAAACAGACCAAAUAGAGCAGAACUGACAGCUGGAGUGGGUGUGUUGUGUGUGGGAUGGUACAUUGUAAAAACGAACUCAACAUUUCUUUACUGUACAAGAAUUUUCAUGUCACUUGUAAAAUGUCUUUUGUGAGAUCCUUGGGAUUAAAGUUUUGGUUACAACUCCUGGUUUUAAUGUUUGAGUCCCUGCUGCCUGCGUUCGGAUGCCUUGCGGAGCAGGGUUGGGGUGCAGCUUGGUUCCAGCUGGCUCUGCUUGGUGGUACAGGGGGAGGUGAC